CAACUUACGACACAAGCACGCCGCAUCCAAGUCGGAAGCAUCCAAAAGUAGCCCCAAACGUGGCCUCGCCAACGGAAAAGUCACUUCGAAUCCCCUUGCUAACACUGAGCCUACGGCGCCGCAUAAAUCAUGCUCAACAUUAGAUUCAUCCGCUGCCACUCCCACAACUCCUGCUUCUGAAGAUGGCUCCCUCCAGUCCAUCAGCGCUUCCAGCACUGCGCCCCCAUUGCCAGCUCGUCCUCCGGCAAGGCCCAACGCAAACGGCGCCAAACGCUACAUCUUCUUCGCUCCUGGCGCCGCGAGUCCUGUCCGUGUCUGACGGUUCAUGGGUACACCAGCAAGUUCUGCUCAUAUAUGGUCAAAUCGGUGAAGCCAGUUCCAAACCGCUUGACGGCACCGUGACGGUGAACCACCACAAAGCCCAGUUCCCGCCCACACAGUGGCCAGUGUCCGAUUCCCACUUCAAGGCACUGGUCCAUCUAGAGCCGGGCUGGAACAGACUACGCCUCGAUUUUACGUCCUCCAAGGUGUCCACGGGCAGCGGUUCCGUACCUACACAUGCCUCGUGGCUGCACAUCAACUAUCUUCCGCUCAAUCAGCUUCCCCCGCUCCAAUUGGCUAUCAUCUUGGGAAGUGACUCGCCGGGCACCUAUGACGCGACACCCGACCGGAUACAGAAGGAGGGCAACAGUCUCGAUUUGGCCGUCAGGAAAUUCCGAAUGGCAGCCUAUCUCUGGCAAGCUUUCACAGGGGAGCAAAUGUAUCGACACGGUUUUGGUCGACGUUGUUUCCGAUUCGAGGACGCCUGGGAGCCAGGUACUCUCACUUGGCAGGACGCCGCUUCGGGAAGGUUUCGAACGCAAGCAAAGAUACACAUCAUUCGUUCGAGUAAGACGACGGCGGAGCUACGAGAUCUCGAUUACGCCCAGCAAUAUGAUAAAGCGACCAAAAGGGGUGCGCUUUUCGACAUUGCCAUGGAAGAAGUUAAGAAAUACUUCCAUGUACAACCGGGGCAGAAGCACUAUGUUUCAUGCUUGUUCCUCGACUCGCAUUGGGAUCCGAUGGAAAAGACGAUUCGCGGUCAUGCUGCUUUGGGAGGCGGAGAUGGAAACGUACAAGUGGCCAUCUUUGGAUCUCAUGCCCUUCAGAGCUAUCCUGCCACCCUCGAGGAGGUUCCGCUUGUUUUCAGCGACUGCACGCGGACCGAUACUGCAUGGGUAGCGAAUGAUUGCAAUGAGUCUGGAAGUACAUGGGAGGCCGCCAAUAUAGGCAUUGGUGCGCAUUUACAUGAGACGGGUCACCUAUUCGGGUGCCCGCACCAGGAGUCCGGCGUCAUGUUGCGUGACUAUGUCACCUUGAACCGCACAUUCACCUGCCGCGAACCGUACUGUACGCGAACGAAGUCUCCGGGCAAGCGUCUUGUUCUUCAGGCAGAUGAGUGCCGAUGGCACCGACUGGAUGCGCUUCGGUUCCGCUUCCAUCCCUGCUUCGAGAUCCCCUUCGAUGCCGGAAACGGCGAUGGAAGCGUUCAGGUAUGGACUGUAGACGAUGGCCAGGGCGGAGUCAUUGCGACUUCAAAAUCCGGACUCGCAUGGGUAGAGCUCUAUCCCGAAGGGGACGACGUCUGCCACUACUGGCACGAGUGGCAGGAGUCCGAUGGCCAAUAUCCCCGCCAAGUUCCACUUGUUGACUCGGACCUACGUGCACUUCUGCCCAAGGAGAAACGUAGCAAGCGAUUGAAGUUGGAGAUUUUCUCCGCAGGAGGUGGAAAGCACGUCGUGGAGGAUUUCUCCAUUCUGUCUAACCAGAAACUGGCGAGAGUGAAGUUGCCGAAUGGACGAUGCGGCUAUCGAGGCAGCAAACUUGGUUAUUCGCAAAUGAACGGCUCCCAGCCGCAGGAGCUGAUAUUGGAGAGCGCGUACAUUCAGACGAAAUUGCUUGUCUGCGUGAGGGUACAUCAUGGAUUAGCUCUCGAUGGAGUGGAGUUCAUGUACGAAGACGGCACCAGUCAGCUAUUUGGCAAAAGAGGUGGAAGUCCCUCUGAUUUCCCACUGGACACUCGGAAAGGAGAGCACUUGAUUGGCUUUGAACUUCGUGCCGGGCUGUGGAUUGAUGGCUUGCAGUUGUUGACGAGCUUGGGGAGGAGAAGCGCGUGGUUUGGUAACCCGAAUGGAGGAAGUGGACACACGCUCAUUCCUCCUCGGGGCUACACACUCGGCGGUAUCUCCGGCUCUUGUGGGGCUUGGGUUGAUGGCUUCGCGUUGAUUAUCACGAGAUGAAGUCAAUCGGCCUGAACUCCUUCCCAAGCUAUCUUCCGAUUCCACCCCGAGCAUUGGUUCUCGUGCACACAUAGAUCGCUAGGAAUCCCUAGCCUAAUACCCACGAACGCGUUUAUCGUCGAGCGGAGCAGCUGAUGCUGCUGGCCCACGGAAUAUUACGACUUCUCCUCACUUUGUAUUGACUUGCGCAUGAGCAGCACGCUUAGCUCGCGGAUCAACGUUUGGAUGUGCUUCGCAACUUGGGGGAAAGGUAGUAGCCGUUGGCAACUGCAAUGAUGCAUCGGACUGGCGCGGCAUUAUGGGACACAUGAGACCCCUACUGGAAUAAUACCAUACACCAUCGAAGGGCAAGGGAUCACAUAGACAUAGGUACAACUAAUGAGCGCCGG